AUGAUAUGGUCUUCAGAUAUUUCACAAUGGUUGCUGGUCUUAUUGAUAGUUUAUCUUAGUUUAACGGUUUGGGUUUAUUAUGUUAUGCCCUUUUUGUUAGUUGGAACUAAAUCUAUUAAGAAAAGGAUAAUUAUUUAUGUUAUUGGUGACAUUGGUCAUUCUCCAAGAAUGUGCAAUCAUGCAAUUAGUUUUAGUGAAAAUGGUUGGCAAGUAGAAUUAUGUGGUUAUGUCAAUUCCAAUAUCCCUGCAAGAAUCAUCGAUGAUUCAAAUAUUACUAUACAUGAGCUACCACAAUUGACAAACUCGAGUAGCGGUAAGAUAUUAUUUAUGAUUAAGAAAGUUUUAUUCCAAAUUGUUUCAAUCUUAAGACAUUUAUGGGAAUUGAGAGGUAGUGAUAUCAUUUUAGUUCAAAAUCCUCCUACUAUUCCAAUAUUACCGAUCGUGGCCUUUUACAGAUUAACUGGUUGUAAAUUAAUGGUCGAUUGGCAUAACCUUGGUUAUUCGAUUUUACAAUUGAAAUUUAAUAACAAUUUUUAUCAUCCUUUAGUGUUAAUCUCAUUCGUUAUUGAGUACAUAUUCAGUAAAAGUUCAGAUUACAAUUUAACUGUGACUGAAAGUAUGAAAGAUUACUUGGUUAAUAAUUUUGGAUUGAAAAAAUCAAGAUGCUAUGUUCUUUAUGACCGUCCCGGUUUACAAUUUAGUCCUUUCCAAGGUAGUUUAGUUGAAAGAAAUGAUAAAAUCCAAUCCGAACCUUACAUGAAGAAUUUGGUCCCUUUAGAUUUCGAUUUAACUAAAGGAGAUAAAUUAAUAGUGACAUCUACUUCUUUUACACCAGAUGAAGAUAUAGGAAUACUAAUUGGAUCAUUGAAGAUUUAUGAAAGCUCUUACCAAAAAUUUGAUAAUAAUUUGCCAAAGAUUUUAUGUGUUAUAACAGGUAAAGGUCCAAUGAAAGAAGAAAUAAUGAAACAAGUGAGCGAUUAUAAAUGGAAUAGGUGCACUAUUCAAUUUGCAUGGUUAUCUUCAGAAGAUUAUCCAAAAUUACUACGUUUAUGUGAUUAUGGUGUCUCAUUGCAUAGUUCGAGUUCUGGUUUAGACUUACCCAUGAAAAUAUUAGAUAUGUUUGGUUCGGGGUUACCUGUUCUAGCAUUGAAUUAUCCAGUUUUAGAUGAAUUAGUUACACAUAAGGAAAAUGGGUUAAAAUUUGCAGAUAGAAGAGAAUUACACGAAUCUCUAAUAUUUGCAAUGAAAGAUGCGGAACUUUAUGAAGUAUUAAAGGAAAAUGUUCUUCAGGAAUCGUCAAAAAAUUGGGACUCUAGUUGGAAGCCAGUAAUGAAAAAAUUAAAUUUAAUUAGAUAA